CUCACUCACUUACACAAUUCAUGACAACAACCACUGAGGACUAACAUACCUCCUUCAUGGCACUGAAUUAACCUUUCUAGACUGGUUCAUUCGGCGACACUUUCACAAGUUCUUUUUUUUCUCCAGCCGACUUCAGACGCAAACACCCCGGCUACUUCCUCAUCAAAGAAACGAUGGCACACAAGCUCGAUGCCGUCGACAUCCCCUCCUUCGCCGCCACGCAGCUCGCCCUCCUUGCUGCCGAGCAGGCCUCCGAGAUCGCGGAGACGUCGACCCUCAUCUCAGCCCACGCCCCGUCCUCGCUCCAGCGUGCCGGCGUCGCCCUCACCAACCUAGUCGUGUCCUCGCGCCGCACCGGCCUCGGUGGUAAGACUGUCAUCGAGCUCGCACCGGACCCAGCUGUGUCUUCGUCCCCCUCCUCAGGUGGUGGCGGAGGCUUCGAGCUGCCUGAGCACGGGAUCAGGACGGGUGACAUUGUUCUGGUCAGCGAGCAGCCGGCGGGCAGCGCCAAGAAGCGUGAGGUGAAGGAGCUGGAGAGGAAAGGGGCCAAGGGGGUUGUCACUAGGGUGAGGAGGGAGGAUAUUGGGGUCGCGCUGGAUGGGGAAGGAGACGAGGGUGGUGGACUGGGGGGGAGGGUCUGGUGUGUCAAGGUGGCUGAUGAUGUUACCUUUAAGAGGAUGAACCAGACGAUGGAGAAACUGCAGGCCAUGGGCGAGUC